ACGUAAACUUUUUGAAGUGUUGCCUAAAAUAGUGUUGCAUAUGUAAAAUAGUGUUGCAUAUAGUGUACUUAUGCGACACAUUUUUGUUGUUGCGAAAAUUGCCAAAAGUGUUACCUAUUGCUUUAUACAACACCAUCUAUAGAGGACACUACUAAAAGUGUCGCAUAUUGCAUCGCAACAUUUUCGGCACCUUUUGCAACACAUUUCAAGUGUUGCCAAAGGCCACUUUUCCCGUAGUGCGUUGAAGAUGCUCGUCGCGGAGGGGCGUUCUCCCGGGUCCUUCAUCGUUUGUCGCCAGUGGGUCGGACGCCUUGAAUGGUGUUCAUCCGCGGCCAUGGACGCUGGUAGCGGCUCAAUGACAGCUUUCCUCCUCGGGUUUGGCUCUAUGGCUGAUGCAGGUCCUUCAUUUGCCGCCUCUUCGUCGUGGAUAGGAGGUGUGGUGACUUUGGGAAUUUGAAUGAUGAGAUCGCUUUUCCCAAAACCAACGCUAUAUUUAGGAAUGUUGUGGAUUGCUCUGAAUCUAAUUUGCUUUUUGAAGCAAAUCCACCUUUGACAAUCAGCCAACAAUCGUUGUCCCGUUAUUACUAGCACAUCGAAUCCAAUCACAUGAACGUUUACGUGCUCCUUUUCAAACCCAGGUAAGGUGAGGAACACGAUAACAUGAUGUCGCAGUUCCAACUUCAUGUUGUCAGGUUUGAGGUCUUCAUGUACCCGUUCAUCCCUAGUUGAGAGUUAUGACGAACUCAUAUUUUUUACCAUGGCUCUGAUACCAAAUGAUAGAAACCUAUUUCUAGGGUUCUAUCGAUCAGGUUAGUAAGAUUGGGAAUCAAUAGAUAUUUAGAGAUUUA